AUGGACCGUCCACCAAGAUUUCCUCCACCUUUGUCACCUCCUUUGAACUACUCGGCAAACGGCAUUCCAGGAGCUGUGCCCAUGAACUCUCGACUUGUGGUUGAUAGAAUGUCACACACCUAUCAACCCAAUGGACACACUUCAAUAAGUCAUGGGUAUCUCCAGCAGCCAACAUCCAGGUUCCCGCCGGGCCCUUAUUCCUCUCGCAACAGUGUUGGUCAUUAUUCAAUAAGCGACAAUUCAUAUUCGGGACAUAACAUGUCAACACCCUUUCAAGAAAAUUCUGGUCCAGCCCGUCAAGAUGGUCCUCCGUUUGGGGAGACGAACGCCCUUUACCCUGUACUGAACGUGCGAAACCAACACUUGGUACCUGAAAUAUCUGCCAGCAUACAAAAAGGGUUCUUCCAAGUGGAUCGCAAGUGGACUUGCUAUCGCAGGAACUACUUUGCAGUCUCUUGUUCAUUCUCAUUCAAAAACCACGGCUCAGAAGGCCCUUUCUACCUCCAUCGAAGCGGGCACGAUGAGCAGAUCCAGCAAUUUUCUGUUUCUAUCUCGGCGAAGACUGCUCUGACCGGCAAUAGCGAGAGUGAAAGUCGGGGCCUUGUCCAGCAUACGCCGAAGCGGGACAAGGCGACAGAGACCGUGCCUGGACGGCACCUCAUUUCGCCAACACCUCCUCAGGCAAUGACUGCUAAUGGCGUCUAUGCUGGCGCAAGCCAUAUAUACGGCGCGCAACACCAUAUGUCCGCUGCAGUGAUGGGGAGCUUCGGCAGUUUCGACAACCACAGCGCCAAUGCCAUUCCCACAACAUAUACCUUCGAGAGGAUACAGUUUCAAAAGGCCACAGCCAACAAUGGCAAACGACGCGCCCAACAACAAUACUUCUUGCUAGUUGUCGAGCUGUCUGCCAAUGUUGCAAGAACACCAGGCGAUGAGAACUGGGUCGUCAUCGCGACAAAAGAGUCAGAACCCAUGGUGGUGCGCGGCAGGUCUCCUGGCCACUACAAGGACAAUGGCAGACGGGACAGCCAGGCUAGCAUGGGCCCCGAUCGCGGAAGUGGCCACGAUGGCGAGGGUAGCUCUGGGUCACUCCCUCCUCCCAGUUAUUCUCAUUCAAUGGAUUGGAACAUUAGUAGUCAUCGACACGGCGGACACUAUGGUGGUUCCACUUAUCGCCAGGCUAUGGAAUCGGACUUUUCGCCGGUGAGCAUGGCCUCAUCAAGCACUCUGGCUGGAACACCAACGGCAGGCGUAUAUAAGUUCGGCGGUAGCCGGGCGCCCAAAUCGUCUUGCACACUGUCAACAGCUCAAUCUCCUCUGACGCCGCUGUCUGAAGGAAGCGUGGACGAAGACAUGAUGUUUCCUUUCGGUCGUCCUAUUAUGGGCAGGAAGAGGUCCUACGACGACGAUAAUGAUGAGGACCACUUGCGAUUCCACCUGCCAGGUCCCUUCACAGACGGCACUGCUUCGGUGGCAGAUUACUCCGCCACGCCGUACUCAAAACUGCUGUGUGCGUCAUCGUAA